AUGAUUAAAAAAUCUUUCAUCUUAACUGCUUACGUUGAUAAAAAACUAAAACACGGAAUUAAACGUAGUCUCAGCGUCGACGUAUGCACAAGAUGGAAUUCUACCAGCUAUAUGCUGAAUACGUUCUUAAUUUUUAAACCAGUAAUCGUUAACUUACAUAGUGAAAAGUAUAAUUUAAAAUUAAAAACUGAUCAGCGACUUCGUUCAGCUGGAUAUGAUCUGUCAGCUAACGAUUGGAAUAAACUAUCUAUCGUUCAGUCAGUUCUGAAAAUCUUCGUCGCUGCCACAACAACUAUGUCCGCUUCAUCCUAUCCAACAGUCGGAAUCGGAUUGUUUUUUAUUCGUCGUAUUAAAGCACAUUUGGAACUUUCAUCUACAGAUACGCCGAUGAUUAAAAGUUUAAAACAACAAUUACUCAGUCAAAUGACUUAUUAUUUCGAAAGUGAUCCGGAACAAGUCGAUGCGUUUAAACUAAGAGCAUGGUUCGAUCCGAUAGCUCUUGAUGUAGUGACGACGAAAGAAAAAGUAGCCUUAGAACGAGACAUAAAAAGUAUUUCGAAAAUCUAUCGGCUAACGCCGAUACAGUUCCACCACCAAUUACGACUACAGCUAAUUAAUAAUGCUACAACUAAUACUAGUCCAUCGUCGUCGCUUACACAAGGCAGUACGUCAUCUCGAAAACCUAAAGAUUCGAUGAAACGGUUUUUAAGACUAACGGGACAAGAAAAUUCAUCGGAAUCAAAACAGAAACCUACUUCCAUCGCAGGUGAAAUAGCCUUAUACAGUAGUAUGGCACAGAAAAAAAAUGCUAUUGCGUUAAAAUCGGAACCGCUAAGCUUCUGGUCGAAACAAGGAGACGAGUUGCCAUUACUUAAAGAAUUAGCAUCGAAAUACUUAACAACUCCUGAAAUCAGUGUUCCCUCAGAAUCUGCGUUUUCGGUUGCCGAUUUUGUUGGAAGAAAAGAGAGAGCUCGUUUGACAGCAAAAACUCUCUCAUAUUUAGUGUUUCUUAAAGAUUUAAUAGUUUCUCUUUUUGAUUUAGAUUUAAUAGCUAAAAGAUUUAAGAAUAGAUUUUUGAUUUAA